AAUAUAAUCUUUAUUUAUAGUGGAGCUCCAGCGGAAUACCAUGUGACAAGAGCGCACGUCCGUGGUGAUUAAAUCUGUGACGGAAGCAACGCCAGCAGCUCUGCUGCAAUAAGUGCAUGAAGCGCGAGCACUGAAGGACAGCACUGACCAUCGCAGUGUCUUGUCAUUGACAGCACGCGCUGCGGGUUGCUUUACGAAACGAAUUCACGUCGAAGAACACCGCGACAUCUGCAGAUGAAAUGCUCUCGCCUUUAGCGACCCAUUUUCUCCUUUCAGUGAACCUCAAGGUCUUUCGCUUUUAAUGAAACAGGAAGAACGGGCACUGAUGUGACACACUGGACCUGAACGCGCUUUCACAUUCAUCAGCUGAACCGAUAUUGUCGCAUGAUGAUGAGCUAUUUUGAUCUCUGCCAAGAUAUUUGAAUAUAUUUAUCAGUAAGUCUGGUUUCCAGCGGUGCCCAUCAGAUCUGUCAACAUACCUUCAGUUCUCUUCAGCCUGCCUUGAUCGAGGAAAUUGGAUAAAGAUGGAACCGGAGCAGCAAAUUCAAAGCCAGAUUAAAACUAAUGAUCUGGCAUCACAACCAAAAGGACCCGCAGAAACGUCCACAUCUUCUCCUGCCCCUUCUACCCCACCGGCGGCUCCAGCCAGGCCAAGACGGCCUCAGAGGACCCCACGGGUGGAAGGAUCUAUUGACGUAUCAGAGCCCAAACCUCCAGAAUCUCCUAAACCGCAGCAGAUGAGCAGCCAUGCUGAACCGACUGACCCCGACAUCUCCAGUCACCCCUCAGAAGCUCAGUCUCAACUCAGUGUUGCUAAUGUUGCUCAUGGACCUCCGAGUUUGGCUGGACAGAAGAUUUCAGGGCACACUGCAGCGGCUCGGAGCCACAUUUCAAUGAGGGCGGCCUCUCUUCCUCAGACCCCAUCAUUCAAACCUCCAGCUUCAGAUCCUGGCCUUUACCCUCAGAGGGCCCUUUCUGUCGCUGGCACCGCCGACACUCAGACGCAAGUGGUGGAGGAUUUCAGGGUGCAUAUUAUCACUUGGAACGUGGGCUCAGCCAUGCCUCCUGAAGACAUCACUGCUUUACUGGGCCUGAAUGUUGGCGAUGGGAACACAGACAUGUAUAUUAUAGGCUUACAGGAAGUGAACUCAAUGAUCAACAAACGACUGAAAGAUGUUCUUUUCACUGACCAGUGGAGCGAGGUCUGCAUGGACGCUCUCAGCCCCUUCGGAUAUGUACUGGUCACGUCUCAGAGGAUGCAGGGAAUGCUGCUGCUGGUCUUUGCUAAGUACUAUCACCUGCCUUUCCUGAGAGGCAUUCAGACACAGACCACUCGCACCGGACUCGGCGGAAUCUGGGGGAAUAAAGGGGGCGUCAGCGCUCGCAUGACUGUGUUUGGCCAUUCGAUCUGUUUCUUGAACUGUCAUCUGCCCGCACACAUGGAGAACACAGACCAGCGCAUGGAGGACUUUGAAAGCAUCCUGCAGCAGCAACAGUUUGAAGGACAAGCUGCCAUGGGCGUCCUGGAUCACGAUGUGGUUUUCUGGUUUGGAGACCUGAACUUCCGAAUUGAGGACCUUGAGAUGCAAGUUGUGAAAGGAGCUAUUGACAAUAACAAACUGUCCAUACUGUGGGAAAAAGACCAGCUGAACAUGGCUAAAGGCAUUGAGACUGUGCUUGAAGGCUUCCACGAGGGGCCAAUUAAAUUCCCUCCUACAUACAAGUUUGAUGUGGGCACAGACACAUAUGAUACCAGUGGUAAAAAGCGCAAACCAGCGUGGACUGAUCGUAUUCUUUGGCGGUUGAGGCCGAUGGCUCAGGUCAGCAACAGCGUGUCGAGGCGCAGCUCCAUGUCGGGACUAACCACUGGAAUCCGUGUGUCCCAGCAUUUUUACCGCAGUCACAUGGAAUACACCGUCAGUGACCACAAGCCUGUCUCCUCGAUUUUCACUCUGCAGUUCCCAUAUAAGGUGGAUAUGCCUUUAGUUACACUCCUUGUAGAGGAUGAAUGGAGAGAGAUAUCAGACGCAGUGGCCAAAUUCAAGGUUGUGCCCAACUUUCCUCGAAGCUCUUGGGACUGGAUUGGGCUUUACAAGGUUGGGUUUAAGCACCAUAAAGACUAUGUGGGUUACACUUGGGCCAAGCAGGAAGAGUCUGAUUUCCUGAGACAGGAGCAUGAAGUGAUUUUUACCGAGGAAGAAUUGCCAAAGGAAUCUGGAGACUUCUUACUGGCUUACUAUAGCAACAAUAUGAGCUCCAUUGUGGGCGUCACUGAGCCAUUCCAGAUUCAACUGCCAGCCUCCACCGCCGCUGGUCUAAGUCCGUCUGACAGCUCCGACUUCACGUCUGAUGAUGAGGUAAAAAAGGGCUGUGACUCCAGCCCUGAGACUGAAGAGCAGCAGAGCAGCAGCUGGAGCUCCAGACACACCGAAGGGCAGAUGGCAAACCCGUACCAACCGCACUCCAAAGACACCACCGUGGCACAUUCCAGCUCUAGCAGGCAGGGCGUUGGUACUGUCAAGUCCUCUGAUGACCCUGUUACUACAGAUGACAGCUCUAACUCAGGAAAAGAUGCAACCAAGCCAGAGGAACCUUAGAUAAGCACACCGCCUUCUCUGGAGGAUUAUAUCAGCUCAAGGCUGGGGUUGCAGGUUUCUGUUGGGUCUGUGAUGUCGUUGUAGAUUUACUGUCCUAUGAUGUUGUUCGGAGAUGUUGUAUAAUAUGUUGCAGGGCAGCAGUAAGCGUUUAGUAUGUGGCUCCCUCCAGCAAAUACAAGAGGGCAGACUACUGUUCUGUGUAGUCAUA